AUGCCAAACUGCCCUCGCUGUGACAAACCUGUCUACUUCGCCGAACGAGUCACAUCUAUUGGUAAGGACUGGCACAGGCCUUGCCUCCGCUGCGAAAAUGAAGCCUGCAAGAAGACAUUAGCUGCUGGUGGUCACUCAGAGACACCUUCAUGUUUCCUUCAACUCACUAAUCGUGUCAAGCGCUGCUGGAAAAUAUCAGAAUGA